ACGUGCCGGUGGCACGGGCCGCUGGGAGCUGGCCGGGACCUGCGCUCGCCCCCCUCCCCCCUCCCACUACGGGUCGCGGCUGGGGGCGUCCCGGCGGCGGGGACGCGGCUGCCCCCUCCCCCUCCCUCGCCACAGCGCUUCGGUCCAAGAUGGCGGCGCUGAGCAGCGGCAGCAGCGCGGAGGGGGCCUCGCUCUUCAACGGGGACAUGGAACCCGAGCCGCCGCCGCCCGCGCUGGGCGCCUGCUACGCGGCGGGCAGCGGCGAUCCAGCCAUCCCGGAGGAGGUGUGGAAUAUCAAACAGAUGAUUAAAUUAACACAAGAACAUAUAGAGGCACUGCUAGACAAAUUUGGAGGAGAGCAUAACCCACCAUCGAUAUAUUUAGAGGCCUAUGAAGAGUACACCAGCAAGCUAGAUGCUCUACAGCAGAGAGAACAGCAGUUACUGGAAUCCAUGGGGAAUGGAACUGAUUUCUCUGUCUCUAGUUCAGCUUCAACAGACACGGUUGCAUCAUCUUCCUCAUCUAGCCUCUCUGUAGCACCUUCAUCCCUUUCAGUUUAUCAAAACCCUGCUGAUAUGUCACGGAAUAACCCCAAGUCUCCACAGAAGCCUAUUGUUAGAGUCUUCCUGCCCAAUAAGCAAAGGACGGUGGUUCCAGCAAGAUGUGGAGUGACAGUCCGAGACAGCCUAAAGAAGGCUCUGAUGAUGAGAGGUCUUAUUCCAGAGUGUUGUGCUGUUUACAGAAUACAAGAUGGAGAGAAGAAGCCAAUUGGCUGGGACACUGACAUUUCCUGGCUCACAGGGGAGGAAUUGCAUGUGGAAGUCUUGGAGAAUGUGCCGCUCACAACACACAAUUUUGUACGAAAAACAUUCUUCACGUUAGCGUUCUGUGACUUUUGUCGAAAGCUGCUUUUCCAGGGAUUCCGAUGCCAGACAUGUGGCUACAAAUUUCACCAGCGUUGUAGUACAGAAGUGCCACUGAUGUGUGUUAAUUAUGACCAACUUGAUUUGCUGUUUGUCUCCAAGUUCUUUGAACAUCACCCCAUACCACAGGAGGAGGCCUCCUUAGGAGAGACCACCCCAGCAUCUGGAUCGUACCCCUCGGCACCCCCCUCAGAUUCUGUUGGACCACCAAUUCUCCCUAGUCCUUCUCCUUCAAAAUCCAUUCCAAUCCCACAGCCCCUCCGACCAGCAGAUGAAGACCAUCGGAAUCAAUUUGGGCAACGUGACCGAUCCUCUUCAGCUCCCAAUGUUCACAUCAAUACAAUCGAGCCAGUCAAUAUUGAUGACUUGAUUAGAGACCAGGGUUUAGGAGGAGAGGGAGCCCCUUUGAACCAGCUGAUGCGCUGUCUUCGGAAAUACCAAUCCCGGACUCCCAGUCCCCUCCUUCAUUCUGUCCCCAGUGAAAUAGUGUUUGAUUUUGAGCCUGGCCCAGUGUUCAGAGGUUCAACUGCAGGUUUGUCUGCAACACCUCCUGCCUCUUUGCCUGGGUCACUCACCAAUGUGAAAGCGUUACAGAAAUCACCAGGACCCCAGCGGGAAAGGAAAUCAUCCUCAUCCUCAGAAGACAGAAAUAGAAUGAAAACUCUUGGUCGACGGGAUUCAAGUGAUGACUGGGAGAUACCAGAUGGACAGAUCACAGUUGGGCAAAGGAUAGGAUCUGGAUCAUUUGGAACAGUCUACAAAGGAAAAUGGCACGGUGAUGUGGCAGUGAAAAUGUUGAAUGUUACGGCACCCACACCUCAACAGUUACAGGCUUUCAAAAAUGAAGUAGGAGUGCUCAGGAAAACACGACAUGUGAAUAUCUUGCUUUUUAUGGGUUAUUCAACAAAACCCCAGUUGGCUAUAGUUACACAAUGGUGUGAGGGGUCCAGCUUAUACCACCAUCUACAUAUCAUUGAGACCAAAUUUGAAAUGAUCAAACUAAUUGAUAUUGCACGACAGACUGCACAGGGCAUGGAUUAUUUGCAUGCCAAGUCAAUCAUCCACAGAGACCUCAAGAGUAAUAAUAUAUUUCUUCAUGAAGACCUCACAGUAAAAAUAGGUGACUUUGGUCUAGCUACAGUGAAAUCACGAUGGAGUGGAUCCCAUCAGUUUGAACAGUUGUCUGGAUCUAUUCUAUGGAUGGCACCAGAAGUUAUUAGAAUGCAAGAUAAAAACCCAUAUAGCUUUCAGUCGGACGUGUAUGCGUUUGGGAUUGUUCUUUAUGAAUUGAUGACUGGACAGUUACCAUACUCAAACAUCAACAACAGGGACCAGAUAAUUUUUAUGGUGGGACGAGGAUACCUAUCUCCAGACCUCAGCAAAGUACGGAGCAACUGUCCAAAAGCUAUGAAGAGACUAAUGGCAGAAUGCUUAAAAAAGAAAAGAGAUGAGAGACCCCUUUUCCCACAGAUUCUUGCCUCCAUUGAGCUUCUGGCCCGGUCGUUGCCAAAAAUUCACCGCAGUGCAUCUGAGCCCUCAUUAAACCGGGCUGGCUUCCAGACAGAGGAUUUUAGUCUAUAUGCUUGUGCUUCUCCAAAAACGCCCAUCCAAGCAGGGGGAUACGGUGGGUUUCCAGUGCACUGAAAAGAAAUGUGAAAGCAUGUGCCUGUGUGUCUGUGUGCUGGUGUGUUCCUAUGAGUGCAACACAUGUGUAUGUUCUCGGUUCCUACCAGCUAUGUUUUUAAGGUUUACUGAGGGAAUGAAGACUCUCUUCCUAACAGUGGGCAUUGAAUGUCCUGAGCACAAAGUCCAUGUUGGUAACAACUGCCCUGGGAGCAGCUGGCACAAGAAGAAUUAUAAGAUAAGAGAAAUGGGAGAAGUCACUUCAGAACAAGCAAAAAUUCUCUUAAGGCCAUUGGGUGUCAUUUUUGUUUGUCUGUGUUGGUUUUGCCCAGUUAUUUGAUUGGAAUUAGAGUGUAUUUAAUUUUAAUCUACUCAAGCUAUGAUGGUUUGGGGUUUUUUUUACUUCAGUUGAUGUCAUUAUA